GUUGAGUUUGGCAUCAAUGAUAAGUUAUUCAUCAAAACAAAAAAAUAACAAAAUUGAAGGCGAGUGAGGGCCGAGGCUUGUUGUGUGUGUGAAAGUCAUGAUUAAAUAGUAAACAAACUAAUGCUUUGAAAAAUGAAUAACCACGACUCUCCAGAUCAGAUUGAAUAUAUUCGAACAGAAGUGGAGUUCAAAAGUUUAAACAAUGAAGAAAUCCAACAGUUGAAUUCAUCAUUAAAAAUAUGCUGUAUACCUCUCCCAAGAAAAUUAUAUUUGUUUGCAAAGUAUAUAUCUCCAACACUCAUAUUGCUGUUCAGUUUUGCAGCAGACAUUUUCAGUGGAAUCGCUGUUGCGGUUAGACAUUACAAUGAUAAUCACAUAUGGUGGUUCAGUUUGACUUUGGUAUUCAUAUGUGCUCCUGCUGUAAUGUUUGUUGCUCAUGCCAUUUUACAAACUAUCACAAAUCCAGAAUUCAGUGUUGCUAAAAAGUUGCUUUGGAUUGUUCUGUACAUAUGUACAGGAGCUGGUUUACUGCUGUGGCCUUUGUGGAGUUAUGUUAAAAAGCUCAUUUAUGCUGUACGAGCUUUUACAGAUGAAGAGAAUAGCAUGAUUCACCUAGAAAAAUUCCACAGCACUGGAGCAGUUGCAGACAAUAUGCAUAAAAUGCUCAAAGCUUUUCUCCAGUCAGCACCUCAGUUACUGUUACAAAUGUAUAUUUUACUGUCUACAAAGCCUGAAGAACAAGACACGGAAACAGUGGUUGCAGAAAUUAUUUCUAUAAUUUUCUCUCUGAAUGCUUUGACCAUUGUAGUUGUUCAUUUUGAGGUAAACAGUAAACAUCACCCAAGUCGAUCAAUGACAGCUGAGCAGAAUCCAGAAAUGGGUGAUUUAUGUUGCGUAAUUGUGGAGUAUUUUUGGUGGCUGUUUUCAAUUUCAGCUAGAGUCCUUGCUCUAGCUUUCUUUGCAUCAGUAUUUAAAUUCUGGGUAUUUCUUUUUUGUGCUAUACAUGCUGGAACUGUAUCUACUUGUCUCAUAUUUAAUCAUCCAAAUUAUAGUUUGAAUAACAUUGUAAUAGCUAUUUUUAUGGGCUUUGUUUAUCUCUUUUGCUUUGUGGAAUACAAAGUAGAUUUUGGAAUGUUAGGUAGAGUUGUAGGCCUUUAUUCCUUAUAUUAUGCUUUUACAUUUUGCCAAAAUGUGUGUAUGGUUUUCUCUGCAUAUUUCUUAGCAGAUGAUGAUUUUCUGUAUCGCCUACCAAUCACAAUCGCACACUUUGUAUUUUUCUUUUUUGGUAUAGGUUUCAUGUUAUUUUACUUAGGGCUUUUAAGACCUUUUUAUCUGUACCUCCUGAACAAAAAAAUGCCUAAUGCAGCAUAACUAGUAAAUUGUGUGAUAAAAUGUUGUGCCAAUUUUAUUUUAUUUAUUGAUUUUAAAUUUUUCAACUUGAAACAUUUUUUUUUACCUCAUGAAUCAUGCAUUCCAUAUUUUUAAUGAUAGUUCUUGAUAAGUUUUAUCAAAAUGGAUUUUAUUUUCUACAUUUGUGUUGAUAUAUAUUCAUGUUCAACAUUCAUUUUUAUGUUUAGUUUGAAAUUUAUUUGUUUUUGUUUUGUUACCUGUUUUAUUUUCAUUGUGAAAAGUGUAUAUUGCUCAGUAUAGCAUUACUUUUGUAAAUCAACUAUGUAAAACAACAUUUCAUGAGAAAACAAAAUGUGUAUGUGUGUAUGCUCAUAAUACUUUUUUCAUUCUUUUAGCUAAUAUUUUACUUUUGGACUGUAGACCCACGUGAUCCCAGCAAAUAACUGAUGUGUAAAUAUGCUUAUUAAUAAAUCAAAUUCCAUACUAGCUAGCACAUCAGCAAGGAAGCAAAAUUUUGAAAUCGUAGAACAAUGAUAAAUUUUCUGUAUCAUACUCAUCUGUCAAUUAUACAAUAUAAAUAAGACAAAUUCUGAGUGGUAUUGAAGGAUCAGGAUAGAUCUACAGUGCCUAAUUGUGAUAUACCAUUUAGUCUGUUAGAUAUAAGAGUGUUUACAAUGUGGAUUUGUUUGAAGCAUAGAUUUGUAUCAAUUAAUGCUAUAUUUUAUUUUUAUUUUAUGUAAAUAAUUUAGCAUUUCUUCAGGGGACCCACUUCCGUAAGAGAAACUGCACUCCCCCCUAAAAGAAAAAAAUGCUCCUUAAAACAUCCCCUAAAAAUUUCCAUGGCACAGUCUGCACCAUGCCCUUUCUCCCCCAAUUGAUGCAAAACUUGCUUUGUUGCAAAAGAUAAACAGUAAAAAUACAUUGUAUAUUUAUACAGAAAAGAGGAAAAAGUUUGAUGCAAUAUACAAAGACAUACACAUAAGUAUGUAGCACUUGUUAAUUGUUUUGUGUCAUCUAUUAUAAGUACAUCUUUUACGAGAAAAGCUCCCGGCGUCAAGUUUGACCGAGGCCUUCGAGAUAGUAAGGCCGUCCAACUAGCAAAUGAUGUCAUCGUUCGUCG